CGGCUUUUGUCGUCGUUGGUAUUUGUUUACCCUUCUCUCACUUCUCUCUUUACAUUACAUUACAUAAAGUGAUUGUAAUUCUCACAGUUCUCUCUUUAUUUCUCUCUGUAUAAAGGAAUGAGAACAAGAAGAGGGGUUUGUUAUCCAAAAGUAAUAAACAACAACAUGUGUGUUGAUAACAGAGUUGUUGUUAAGAGAUCAAGAAAUGAUUUUUCCCAACAUAUGAGUCGUCGGAAAAGAUCAAAACCUUCACCGGAGGUCACUGGUUAUCAUCCUGAUCUCUUUGAUUCUUUGCCUGAUGAUCUUGUGCUCUCUAUUCUCAGCAAACUCAGUUCAUCUGCUGCUUCUCCUGCUGAUUUUGUUAACGUUUUGAUUACAUGCAAAAGACUAAAUGGAUUAGGUCACAAUUCGCUUGUAUUAUCAAAAGCCUCUCAGAAAAUGUUAGCCAUUAAAGCUCAAAACUGGUCGGAAUCUGCUCACCGGUUUCUUAAACAAUGUGCCGAUGCCGGAAAUGUUGAAGCUUGUUACACCCUUGGCAUGAUUCGGUUCUACUGUUUACAAAAUCGAGGAAGCGGCGCGUCAUUGAUGGCGAAGGCAGCUAUUAGUUCUCACGCGCCAUCGCUAUACUCACUCGCGGUUAUCCAGUUCAACGGCAGCGGUGGAUCAAAGAACGACAAGGACCUACGCGCCGGAGUCGCGUUGUGUGCACGCGCCGCUUUCUUAGGCCACAUCGAUGCAUUAAGAGAGCUUGGUCACUGCCUUCAAGAUGGUUACGGCGUUAAACAAAACAUAGCGGAGGGUCGCAGAUUCCUCGUUCAAGCCAACGCGCGUGAGCUCGCUUCCGUUCUAUCAUUAACGCCGUCAGCACUCACGUCAAGCAACUGGCUGACGUGGAACCCACUGCCACAUCAUCGCCACGUGGCGGUGGCGGGUACGGGAACGGGGUGUCCGUUGUUGAGUGAUUUCGGGUGUAAUGUUCCUGCUCCGGAAGCACACGUGGCGAAUCGUUUUUUAACGGAGUGGUUUGAAUCAAAAGAUUCGGGCUCGGGUUCGGGGCUCCGGCUUUGUUCACAUACGGGUUGUGGAAGACCCGAAACAAGGAGGCAUGAAUUUAGGAGAUGUUCUGUGUGUGGUACUGUGAAUUAUUGCUCACGCGCUUGUCAAGCGCUUGAUUGGAAGAUGCGACAUAAGGCUGAGUGUACACCUGUAGAGAGAUGGAUUGAAGAUGACGGAGAAAAUCACGGUAACGGUGAAGAUGAUGAUCAAAAUAUGGUGGAGAGUUAACGGUGUGGUUUGACUGUGAAGGUGACGGUAACGGCACGUGAGUCUGAAAAUUUACUGCGAUGAAACAAGGAAGUUAAAAGUUAAAAAAGGAAUGAAAGAGUCAAAUACUGGCCGUUUUUGCCAGGAUAAUCGAAUAUAUUUAUGGUCAGUAUUUUUGUACAGAACAAGUUAAAAAAAAGGAAGGAAAGUAAAAGGAGAGAAAGGGACAACGUUCUGAAGGUUUUAUUAGAAUUUUUUUCUUUUUAUAUUAAUUUGUUAAUUAGAUACCCUUUUAUCCAGUUGGAAUGGUUAGUAAAUUUUGGGGAAAAAUAGAAAGCAAUGGCAUUAUGUGAUGGAGUAUGAUGAUGCCUUGUCUUUA